UUGGCAACCCUUUGCCUUGUUGCAUCAUUUCAGGUGAUAGUGCGCAUGCUCGUACUGUGUCUUCCCUCUUCUGGUCUUCUGGUGGAGUGCCCAUAACUCUUUGCCGGCUGGUUUUACAAGCGAUAGUCAGUCGUUCUCUUCAAUUGCGAGCACGCUGUUGAUGCGAGACCGGUGCCCGUUAUAAACGGCUUGUGAGACGCGUAAGAAAGACCAUGGAGGAAAAGAAGAGCGAAAUCAACGGACACGCGGGUCUCAAAGACCCGAUACCAACGAUCCCAAUUAAAUCUGAAAAGAAAAGCUUCAAAGACCGAUUCGUGCUCUUUUUAAAAAGAAAUCUUUUAGUGAUAAUGACGGUGUCGGGGGUCCUGGUGGGCGUCGGGCUCGGAAUGAUGGUCCGGAACAUGCACCUAACACGAGCGCAAAUUACAUAUUUCGCCUUUCCUGGAGAAAUGCUGCUACGGAUGCUCAAGAUGAUCAUCCUUCCUUUAGUGGUCUGCAGUUUAAUUUCGGGCGCUGCGAGUCUAGACACUCGCUCGCUGGGAAAGCUGGGAGGAAUCGCCGUCGCUUACUUUUUGGUGACCACGCUGAUUGCCUCAUCCAUCGGAGUCGCGCUCGCUUUCAUCAUCAAACCCGGCGUCGGAGCGGGAGCGCUCAACUCCAACCUUGGGCUUGAAGGCUUGAGCUCCAACAAAGAGACAACGGAUUCGUUUUUAGACCUUGCAAGAAACCUUUUUCCAUCUAACCUGGUGGCCGCUGCUUUCCGAUCAUAUGCCACAGAUUACAAGACGGUUUUUGUCGGAAAUGGAACGAACGGGACCCUCAACUACCAGAAGGUUCCUUAUGGAACAGAAUUAGAGGGAAUGAAUAUUCUAGGCCUUGUUCUCUUUGCGAUGGUUUUUGGAGUUGCUUUAAAAAAGCUUGGAACAGAAGGAGAAGAGCUCAUUCGUUUUUUCAACGCCUUCAAUGAAGCCACUAUGGUACUGGUGUCCUGGAUCAUGUGGUAUGUGCCUUUUGGCAUUAUGUUCCUUGUAGGCAGUAAGAUUGUUGAGAUGGAAGAUGUGGUACUGUUGGUCACUAGCUUGGGAAAAUACAUUUUUGCCUCUAUCUUGGGUCACGUCAUCCAUGGUGGUAUUGUACUACCACUUAUCUACUUUGGAUUCACUCGUGAAAAUCCCUUCAGUUUCCUGUCCGGACUCAUCACACCUUUUACGACAGCCUUUGCCACCUGCUCCAGCUCGGCAACUCUUCCCACUAUGAUGAAGUGUGUGGAGGAGAACAACGGCGUUGACAAAAGAAUCAGCCGAUUCAUACUGCCGAUCGGAGCCACAGUUAACAUGGAUGGAGCUGCAAUUUUCCAGUGCGUUGCGGCUGUGUUUAUCGCUCAGCUUAACAAUGUGGAACUCAACGCAGGCCAGAUCUUCACAAUCCUGGUGACAGCCACUGCCUCAAGUGUUGGAGCGGCCGGAAUUCCAGCAGGAGGGAUCAUUACCAUCGCUAUCAUUCUGGAAGCCAUUGGCCUGCCAACUCAUGACUUGUCACUCAUGCUGGCUGUAGACUGGAUUGUGGACCGCACCACCACUGUUGUGAACGUGGAAGGAGAUGCUCUUGGUGCUGGCAUUCUUCACCAUAUUAAUCAGAAAGAGAUGAAGAAGCAAAAGCAGCAGGAGGAGCAGGAACUUCAAGAAGUGAAGGUGGAGAUGGUAGCUAAUGUCAAGGCAGAAGAGGAGACCUCUCCUCUCGUCACACACAAGAACCGAGGAGACAACUCCUCAUGGGAAACGCUCGAUGUAAAGGAUGGUGUGGAGUCUGUGCUGUAAAGUGUUUAUUGUUAUCUCACGCUACUUUGAUAUUUCUCUCUCACUCUUAAAAACCAGGGUGGGAUGUCACCUCAGUGCAAAGUUUACUCCAGUCUGUGUGGCGGAACAGUAAUGGUCAGUUUGAGGUGUGGUUGUAAAUACGUAGUUUGAAAAAGAACAGGAUCCCUUAAGAUAAUUAUGGGAUUUGUAGCAAUUGUACCAAUUGUGCCCAAAUUAAUGUGUUAUCAGUUGUGUUUGGGAAUGUGUCCUAGUUUACAUGCAAAGGGAAGAUUUUCUUUAGGUUGUCAGUUGCAGAGAUGGGUUGUAAUGAAAAUCAUUCACAGCCUGACCUCUUGCUCUCUUUGUUUGUUAUAUUUGAACUGAUUCUGUGAAACAUUAACUAUUUGAAAGAUGUACCGGAAAGUAUUAGCUGUAAAUAUUUGUGUUGCUAAUAGCAAAUCCUAUGAAGCUGUGGAACGAUUUGGGAACUGUGUGAUUUAUUGAGAACUGUAUCACGACUGUGCAUGUGUGCUUGUGUUUUGAGCAGAUCCAGAAUCUGUGGUUUAUGUUUUUUAUACGUUCAUGCUCUCUGAUUUGAAACCAGAGGCAUGAUCAGAGAGUGAUAGACAACUCAGGGUCACGGUUGAUAAUUGAACUUGAUGACGAAAAAAAUCAAAGUGUCAAAUAUUUCCUGGUAAAUCUUCCUUCUCUUUACAGAUUCAUAUUUGUCUUAAGAACAGCGCCGUAGAGACAAAUAAGUGGUUUCUAGUGACACCAAGUGGUCAGUGCGGCGAUAAGCAGUCUUUCAGUGGCAGUGAAGUUUUACCACUUAUAAAAAGUUUUAAAAACAAUUUUAAAAUGUAAUUUGAUCUGCGUCAGGCGUUAUAAAAUAAGCCAUGAAUUAAAUUAAUUUAUUGAUUGUUUAGAUUUUCUAUCGCAUUUUAUUUUUGUAAUUUUUUGUUACCAAAAGGUUCAAAUGUGAUGAUUUACAUGGACUCUAAAAGCAAUUAAUAAGCUAUUCCAGUAAUUUAUGUGUUUUUCAUAUUGUUUUUCCACUCUCUUAGGUCUAUGCGUUUUUGUCUUGUUACCGGUGCUUCUGUGACUGUCUGCCAUUAAAUUAAUAAAUUAUAAAUGAUUGUGUCUCUGAUUUACA